UGAUUGCGCAGUGAGUGAAGGGAGCAGGGUGUAGCAGUGGUAGCUAAAUAUAAGCCAGUGCUAAGAAACUAAGGAAGCCUGCCUCCGUCCUUUCUUAAGAACAGCAAAGAACGGUUUGACAAGUAGGUCACCAUGAGGCGUGUGCUGCUGCUGGCGGUGCCGGUGCUGCUGCUGGUGCUGGCUCUCCCAGCCACCAUCAGGGGGCGCUACAACGACGAGUUUGACGACGGCGAGGACCUGGCCGAGUUCGACGACAACGACUUUGCCGAGUUCGAGGACGUGAGCGAGGACCAGGCGGCUGAGGCCGAAGAGGCCGCCGCCCCUCCCCCGCCGCAGCGCUCGGCCCCGUCAUCACCCGCCGACGAGGAAGAAGACGAUGACGAGGCCACCGUGGAGACCGAGGACGGCCAGGACGAGUUCUAUGAUGGGGACAAUCAGGACCAGGACCUUUACAGCAAGUAUGACAAUGAAGAGUUUGAGGGUUAUGAGCCCAAGACCAACCCUUCUUUCAAGGACCACACCCUGAUCGUGCGAGAGGUUCCUCCUCACCUGCAGAACAGCUGGGAGAGCUACUACAUGGAGAUCCUGAUGGUGACGGGCCUGCUGGCCUACAUCAUGAACUACAUCAUCGGCAAGAACAAGAACAGCCGCCUGGCACACGCCUGGUUCAGCUCCCACCGCGAGCUCCUGGAGAGCAACUUCGCCCUCGUGGGUGAUGAUGGGACGAGUAAGGAGGCGACCAGCACAGGCAAACUCAACCAGGAGAAUGAGCACAUUUACAACCUCUGGUGUUCUGGCCGCGUCUGCUGUGAAGGCAUGCUCAUCCAACUCAAGUUCCUGAAGAGGCAGGACCUGCUCAAUGUUCUGGCCAGGAUGAUGAGACCAGCCUGUGACCAAGUGCAAAUCAAAGUGACGCUGAAUGAUGAUGACAUGGACACGUUUGUUUUUGCACUGGGCACCAAGAAGGCCAUGGCUCGCAUGCAGAAGGACAUGCAGGACUUGAGUGAGUUCUGCAGCGACAAGCCCAAGUCGGGGGCGAAGUACGGCCUUCCUGAGUUCCUGGCCAUCCUUUCUGAGAUGGGGGAGGUCACGGACGGCCUGAUGGACAGUAAGAUGGUUCACUACAUCACCAACCAUGCCGACAAGAUCGAGUCCAUCCAUUUUUCGGACCAAUUUUCUGGUCCAAAAGUUAUGCAAGAGGAGGGUCAGCCCUUAAAGCUACCUGAGACUAAGAAGACGCUGCUGUUUACAUUUAAUGUGCCUGGGAUGGGCAACACAUCUCCCAAAGACAUGGACACACUGUUGCCUCUGAUGAACAUGGUCAUCUACACCGUUGACAAGGUCAAGAAGCUCCGUUUGAACAGGGAGGGGAAGCAGAAGGCCGAUAGGAACCGUGCGCGCGUGGAGGAGAACUUCCUGAAGCAGACUCAUGCCCAGCGUCAGGAGGCGGCCCAGACGCGGCGCGAGGAGAAGAAGAGGGCUGAGAAGGAGAGGAUCAUGAACGAGGAGGACCCCGAGAGGCAGCGCCGCAUGGAGGAGGCUGCCCAGCGCCGUGAGCAGAAGAAGCUUGAGAAGAAGCAGAUGAAGAUGAAGCAGAUUAAAGUCAAAGCCAUGUGAAGGAGCACAACCACAACAAUAACGCAUUACACAUGCAGUACAGUACGCACACUUUUCCACAUGCUUCCAUCACACACACCAUGUGAAAGGGGGGCACAACAACAACACAUUACACAUACAUUACAGUAUAGUACGCACACUUUUUCACAUGCUUCCAUGACAUACAGUACAAACACAUACACACACACACACAGACUUAAUUCUCGUCAGCUCCAAACACACACACUGCUUACUGGGUUUGAAUGUGUGUCUCUCCCCUGUACACCUGCUGCAGAAGAUCUUCCAUAUCAUAGGUCUGUUGAUCUCGCCCUCGCCCUGGGCGCCAUGUGUCUGUCUGGUCUCGUCUCGUCUGCCCCAUCUCCCAGGUCUUGGAGAGCCUCCUGGAUUAGGCUUCUGACUAGAUGGCCGUGGGGUGUUUUUUAAAAUUUUGAGCCAAGAGAAAGGUUGCACUUGUAAUUUAUGAAUUCUUGCUCGCCUUUUUUUUCCUGCGUACAAAAAUGCCCAUCAAUAAAAUCGCAUUUGUUCUUUUUUUUGUAGACAUAUUGUUGGCAUGUGGGGAUUUUUUUAUGUCAUGCUGGAAUGAAAUACUGUGUGUCUUUUUGUGUUAAUUUAACGCUAAUGCAAUCGCUGCACUGCGAUUUAUUGUUUUGUUUUUUUAACUAGGACCUUCUGACUUGAUUUCAUCAAACUUGUUGAGAGUUUGGUGAAUUAUGCUUUUACUGUUUAGUAAAGAACCAUGCAGUCAUGAGAUCUUACUGUAUGUUUGUCUUAUUUUCUGCCUACCCAGAACUAUGGAACAAAAUAAAAAAGGUUGUGCACUGAAAGUA